AAUAACUUUAAUUGCCAGUAACCACCUAUUUCGACAACGUAACUAGGUUCCCUUGUUCCCUUCCUCAAGUAAAGGUUCCCCUUCCUUAAGUAAAACCUAAAAAAGGUCCCUAAACACUGCUAAAACCUUUUAAACUCUAUAUUUUAUAAGGAGAAAACAGAAGACGCCGAAACAUUCCAAAUGGCCAGAGAAUUACACCUGAAAGAAGGAAUAUUGUGUGGAGGUUCUUCUGGUGCUAUACUUGUUGGUGCUUUACGUGCAGCUAAGCAAUUAAAGAAGGGACAAAAUUGUGUUUUUCUUUUACCUGAUGGGGCUAGAAAUUAUUUGAAUAAAUUUCUUAGUGAUGAAUGGAUGCUUUCCAACGACUACAUGCCUGAACCUCCACCACAAAAACCGCUCUACCCAAAAACUACUUUUUCUAUACCAGAGGUGUAUAAUCCAGAAAGUAAAGCAACAGAAUCAUUCCAAAUAGUCCCGAAACCUUGGAAAUCAAAUCCUUUCAACCCUCUAAAACGUUGCCGUUUAAUUAAAGACAUUUCUGAAGCUAUUGGAAAUACCCCAAUUGUUAAACUUUUUAAAUUACCAAAAAAGUAUGGAAUUGAAGCAGAGAUUUUAGUUAAAUGUGAAUUUUUAAAUGCUGGAGGUUCUGUUAAGGAUAGGAUUGCGAGAAAGAUGAUUGAAAUGGCUGAAGCUGAUGGAAAGUUAAAGGCUGGUUAUAGUACUGUUAUUGAACCGACAUCUGGAAAUACCGGAAUAGGUCUAGCUUUAAUGUGUGCCAUUCGUGGAUAUCGCUGUAUUAUUGUAAUGCCCGAAAAGAUGAGUUUAGAAAAAGAAGUUAUCCUUCGCUCGUUGGGUGCAGAAAUUGUUAGAACGCCUACUGAGAAAGGCCAUGCAGAUGCUGAUUCUCAUAUUGGGGUUGCUUUACGUCUUCAAAAAGAAAUACCUGGAGCUAUCAUUCUUGACCAGUAUCGAAACGAAGGAAAUCCUUUUGCCCAUUACGAAGGAACGGCAGAAGAGAUUCUUUGGGCAUGUGACGGGAAAUUGGAUGCUUUAGUUAUUGGAACUGGUACAGGAGGUACUUUAAGUGGAGUUGCUAAAAGAGUGAAAGAAGUUGUGCCGGAAUGCAAAAUUAUUGCUGUUGACCCGGAUGGUUCUAUUCUUGCCAAUCCAGCAUGUAAAGAGACUAAAGCUUAUGAUGUAGAGGGUAUUGGAUAUGAUUUUGUCCCAGCGGUGCUAGACCGUUCUUUAGUUGAUUAUUGGGUAAAAAGCAAAGAUGCUGCUUCCUUCUAUAUUGCUCGUGAACUUAUUAAAGAGGAAGGAAUUUUGUGUGGAGGGUCUGCUGGAUCUAAUGUUUUGGCAGCCAUGGGGAUUGCUAAAAUGCUUGGGCCAACUUGCCGUCGUGUUGUGACUAUUGCUCCAGACAGUAUUAGGAAUUAUAUGUCAAAAUUCUUAGACGAUGAAUGGCUGAAUGCUAAAGGACACAUUUCUACUGAAAACUUUGAGUUGACGGAAAAUUUUGUUAUUGAAAAAGGAUCUAAUUAA